AUGCAGUUCAUCUUCACAGUCGCCACCUUGGUCAGCGCCGCCCUUGCCGGGGUGAUCACUCGCGCCGAAGACAACGGACCCGUCAACAUCCCCGUCGAUAGCGUUGGCAACCCCAAGGAGGGCACGAUCCAGGCGAUUACUCACUUGUACAUUUGCUCCGACGCCAACUUCUCUGGCCGCUGCCAGAACUUGGAUUCCAACACUGGUCAAUGCUACAACCUUGGAAACGGCUUCAACGAUGUGGUUUCAUCGCUUGGACCUGAUGCGGGAACGUCCUGCACCAUUUGGGAAAACAAUGGCUGCUCGGGGGCUUCCAUAGUCAACAUUGUCAGCCCUGGCAUCUACAACCUCGCCGAUUCCAAAUGGAACUUCAACGACAAGAUGAGCUCCUACAGAUGUGUUUAG